AUGAUCAACAAGAAACGGUACAAAUUCAGAGAGAAUGCGAGACGAGUGGCUUUUAUAUACAAAGUAUCGAUUCUCUCAAUCAAGAUCGAGCGGCCCCCAUGUCACCGCGCCCUGUCCCGCAGACGGUCGACGCAACACGCCGGGGCACGAUACGCCCGGCGUGGCAACCCCAAAUCUCCUCUUCCAUGGCCCUUUUCCAAACAAGCAGACAACACGUGCGGCAGCGACUCGCGAUCUAGGGUCGCAGCCAUCGUUUGCAGAGCCCUUGGCAGCGAUCUAGCUUUCCAGUCGAACCUUUGGUGGCGGCGCAUCGAAGCUCGGGAACAGCCAAAAUCACGCAAUGGUAAGCCAGUCAAGACCGACAGGCCUCAUUUCCAGACGGUGAUUCCUCACAAGAAGCAAAAUUGGCGACCUUGGCAGACCUUGGCAAUGCUGGGCGGAGGCGCUUCUUAUAUAGAGAACCUGCGAAUGGCGGGCCCGCCAACGGGCUUGGCGGGGCUCCAGACGGCGCCGCCGCAGGGACCACCGCUUCCUAUCAGCGUUGCGGGACCCCCCACGUGUGGCCAGCAGAGGCCACCAGCUCUCCAGACCAACCGUCCACCAUACACGGGCUAUCACAACCUCUGCACCACCAACCUACAGCACAUGCACCUAGACAUUCUAGAAGACCCGGCAACUGCUCUUCUCCUGUGCUCCUCCGGUCUUGGCACGCUUGCUGCGGCCUGCACGUGGUGUCUUGCGCAGUGCAUGUCGCACGACGCGCUCGUCGCGUCGUGUGAAUGUCACUUCGUCGGAACCAUGGCUCUGCAAACAAGCGAACGGGAACCGCCACCCGACACCUGA